AUGGUCCCAGGCGGACGGCUUACACGUUCCAAGAUCUGGGUUCAUCGAUACCCCUGUUGCUCGAUGCUGGGCCCGGCCCCUCCUGCUGGCAUAGAGCAGCUGUUCCCAAGGGCACAGGGUCUCCCCAGCCACCUGCUCUCACCAGGGCCACAGCCCCCAGGCAGCAGUGCUCAGCCAGCCCCUCUCAUCUCCAAGAAUAAACUCUGAAGCUAGAGGCUGCGUGGACCUGAAUCAUCGGGAAGCCCAUUGAGGAGGGGAGUGGCUUUCCGGGACAGGCCGGGGAACUAUAUAUAAGCCCCAGAGGGCUGGCGCAGCUCCCAUCUUCCAGCGGUUUCUGCCUCUGCCGGACGAGCACCUUUGCAGCAGCUCUCACACAGGACGUACCAUGUCCCAGGCUGGUGCACAGGAGGCCCCCAUCAAGAAGAAGCGCCCCCCGGUGAAGGAGGAAGAUCUGAAGGGGGCCCGUGGGAACCUAGCCAAGAACCAAGAGAUCAAGUCCAAGACCUACCAGGUCAUGAGGGAGUGUGAACUAGCCGGCUCCACCGCCCCAUCCGUGUUCAGUGGCAGCCGAACUGGCACCGAGACCGUCUUCGAGAAGCCCAAAGCUGGACCUGCCAAGAGUGUCUUCGGCUAAGACAUGUGCACCAUUCCUCUCACUGCUGCCAACUCCCCACACAGGAGAAUUUCCCCAAAACCUUUUUAUGCCAGAAUGUACCUUCUCACCUGCUGCCCGUGGGAUGGCCACCCGCCCCUCACAGCGCUGACCCCGCGGCCCAGGGAGCCAGCCACUCUGCACCAGUGCCCAGGGAGCACCAAUAAAGCACAUGCCCAUGUGGCCCCGGCAUUUGGAGGCUGAUAGUUGGUGACUGGCCAUGGCCACCAAGUAUAGGGGAGGGGCAGGCAGGGUAGGGUGGGGGGCAUGUUCUGUACCCUUCGUGGGCUUUUGGGAGCUUCCAGAGGAUAAGGCAGGUGCUAUUAUGGCUACUGCCACACACUAGAAAAAGCCUUGGAGUGGAGACCUGGUGCUGAGCUCCCGUGUAACUUCAAACCAGCCUCUCCCUUUCUGAGCCUCGGUUUCCCCUCCUGUCUGACAAGGACCACAGGAACACUGCUUGGAGUGAAUGAAGCAGGCGGGGGCCCAAGGCUUACCCCUUCCCCUUGCCUUCCACAGAAACCAUCAAGAUACUUCCAAGGACUCCAAGGCUCUGCUAGGCCAGGGACCUCAAAGCCCCUUCCCCCGGCACCCCUGUUUGCACUGCCCCCUUGCCAGCUCAUACCCCUCAAAGGCAAAGCCAGAUCGAGGCCCCUCUCUGGCCAGUGGUCAUCCACCUCCUGAGCUAUUCUCCCACACUCGGGGUGAGCCUCCCCAUUGCCACUCCCACAGCUCUGCCUACAACAUGGGAAUUCCAGGCCCUUGGCUCACAGGGCCUCAGUGUCCCCUGUGUGCACAGAGCUGUCAGAUCCGGGGACUGCUGAGGCCCAUCCUUCGUGACGGCAAAACCACGGACGGCCCUGGGCUGGACCGGCAGAGCCAGGCCUUGCGGCACCUGACUCCAGGCUGCUGCCUGCAGGGAAGCCGGCCGGUCCCCUGGGCAGGUCCGGCUGGCUGCUCGGAGCCUUUCCCACGUUCCCAGCCAGCCCAGCCUCCUUAAAUAGCUGUUUCUAGGCUGGGCCUGUGCUGUGUGCCCCAAGGAGCAGACCUCCUGGGAGACAGGGCCUGGGCCUGCCCACUGUGCUCCAUGGGGAGGCUCCUUUCAGAUUGCCAGAGGGGUGUGAAGCCCCAUAUGACCCAGCCAUAUUCAGAGCCAAAGGGCCAGCAGCACAGAUGUGCACAGAGAGGCUGCAGGUGUGCUAAGGAAGGGGAAGCAGCCCGAGACACAGCGCUGGAGUCCCUUCUGCCCUUUCUCCAGGGCUGGAUGCUGCCGGCCCUGGUCGAGGGGACCCCCUGGAGGCCGGUCACCACCUCAGAACCUUGCGUGGGCCCCAGCAUGGCUGCUCCACUCCACCCCACCCCCGCACCCCAACCAGUGUCACCAAGCCAUCCUCCUCCCCCAAUCCAGGGUUUGGCACCUGGCCAUACUGCUAAAGCAACCGGCCUGACCCGUGGCCAGACUCAGGGGCUGGGCUUUCCCAGAACCACCAGGGACACCAGCACCAGCUGUAUCCCGACACUCAAUAUUUAUUCACUUCAUUGCUAUUCGUUACAAAAGCAUUUCAAGUUUAUUAAAGGAUAGUUGAAAAAAGUUACGGUAAUCCUACCCCAGGCCCUCCGGUACACUCCCACCGGUCUGGGCUCAGGACAGCGGCACCGCCUGGGUGUGCGGAUAGCUCGGCAUUCUCACGCAAGCUGGGACCUGUGGGCUCCCUCGGCAUGACUGACCCCCACGGCCACCCCGCAAGGGGUCUGUUCCUUGCUUUCCUCUCAAUAAAUUCCCUGGAGGGAGACCUCUGGGCCACAAAGUG